GCCGCCUGCCCGACGCUAGUGAAAAAUCAUCAUUCCCUUGAUUAAAUUAAAGGGGGCGGCUCCCAGAUCUCAAUCAGUGGCCCAGCACUGGGACGCAGGAGCACAGGAAUGGGGUGUACCCGGAGCACCGGGGGGUCCUUGUGCUGCGUUUGGCCUCGCGGUCCCUGCGAGCAGAUGGAGCCGCCAGCGAGGGUUGUGCGGAGCAUCCAAAGCGCUUGGCUCGGAUCCCGUCCGGCCCGAACAGACGCGCUUCCCCCCCAGCGAGUCCAGCCCGUGCAGAGCGGGGCCGGGGGCUUUGAGCCGCUCCUGUGGGUGAGCGAGGGGCCGUUGUGCCUCCUCCGUGGGGUCGGGUCAUCCCCGAGGCUCCAGCGGUUCCUCCAGCCGGUUUGGCCCCGGUAGCCCCGCGGUGGCUGCUGUGACAGGGCUGGGUGUCCCACGGGCUGAUCUGCAGGGUCUGCUCUGUGUUGGUGCAGCCCCACGGCUGCCAAGGCCCUUCAGGGGCUGCUUGGCUGUCUUGGGGGCUGUGACAAUGACAGAGAUGAUGAAACGGGGGCAGGGGGAGGCAAUGCAUCCCUUGCUCUUGCAGCGGGGAGCCGGAGCAGCCCCCGGGAAUGGCAGACAUGCAAUGUCCCCGGGCUGGCAGCCACUCUGGUGCAGGUCUCUGUCGCCUGGGGUGCUGUCCUACAUGUCCUCGCCUGCAAAGGGACAGCAUGUCACCCUCCCUGGGUGCUGUGACCCUGCUGCUGGCUCCGGCGCCAGACGGGACAGGGACAGGGACACCUCCAAGUACUUUCCCUGCCUGCCGGGGUGGUGAACAUGCACCCAGGUGAUGGAUGUGAGCGUCUGGGCUGAGGAACCUGCCUGGGAUACAACAGGAAGGAGCCGAAAGCAUCAGCAGCAUCGCUGGAGCUCCCACAGGGCCUGGGGGGGUGGGGGUGCUGAUCCCCAGGGCGGGCUGGGGGUGCUGGUCCCCAGGGUGAACUGGGGGUGCUGGUCCCCAGGGCAGGCUGGGGACCUGAGGGGUGUGAACAAGCAAAAGGGCUGGAAAACCCCGCGGUUCUCAGCAACGGUUUGAUUCUUUGGAGCGGUUUGUAAAUCGUCAAGACCUGGUGGUCUGAGGUCCCAGAUUCUCCGAGCACGGACAAGUUUGGGUGAGCCCCCUCGGUACUUUAAAGCUUUGGCUGGGCUGUGUAAAUCACCUGCCGGACGCUGUCAAUCCAGCAUGAUCUGCUGUCUCUGCAGUUGCUGCCGGCCAGUGCGAACUGGGCUGGACUUCAGAGAGCUCUGCUUACAGCUCCCGACACAAGACGAACGGCGCUGCCGGCCCCAGGGAUGUCACACAGCGGCACCAACGGCAGCACGUGGGCUCGGUGUGACCCUGGGGGUGACCCCGCGCCCCGAAACAACCCGCAGCCAUUCCUAGAGACCAAACCGAAUAGGAAAUGAACCCCGUGAGCUCCGGGGCUCUCCGAGGACAGCCCUUUGCCAGGCUACUUGUGUUCAAGAUGGGGAAAAAAAAUACUCCUUAUAAGGCUGUACGGCCGUGCUGACGCUGUUGUGCUGCAGCCACUUCUGCCCAUUGGCAGCUUCCCUUGUAUUCUUGCGCUCCGGCCAAUUUUUAAUCAAUUUAAUUGGCUCCUCGUCUCGUACAGCACCAUGCGCUCUGGCUUUGGGCGGCUGCCUAACGUAUGACACACAAUCAGGUGCUUUCAAGAAACCGAGCCCGACUUGUCUCGCUCUCCCCCUAAUAAUUGUGGUCAUCUCCUUGAAGAUGCUGCUGCUUGCCUCCUGCGGGAUCCUUGGUUAUCUCCGCAGAGCAGUUUUGCUGAGUUACACGCUUGUUCCGUCAAAUCCCUUCUCUGACGGGCAGGGUUGGGAACUCAGAGGCGGUUUGGAAGCAUUGACCGUCAGAUUCAUCACCAGGAGAUUCAUCGGAGACUACGACCCGACCCUGGAAAUGAUCUACAGACACGUGACCGUCAUCGACGGGGAGAUGGUGCAUUUCGAGAUCCUGGACACGGCGGGACAGGAGGAGGAUUCCCUGCAGAUAGAGGAGAAGAUCAAGUGGGGCGAUGGCUUCGCCGUGGUCUACUCGGUGACCGACCGCUGCAGCUUCGACGAGGUGAUGCGGCUCUGCUUCCUCAUCAACCACCUCCAUGCCAGCCCCAAGCGCAGCGGCGGCGACCAGCCGCCCGUCGUCAUCGUGGCCAACAAGAAGGACCUGCAGUUCGACAGGAUGGUGUCCACGGAGGACGGCGAAAACCUCUCCAAAGCCUUGAAGCUCCCGUUCUACGAGAUCUCCACCCGGGACAGCUACGAGGAGACCGUGGUGGUGUUCAACAGCCUCUACCAGGAGCUCAUGAGACAGGGACACUUCUCGCCGGGCUCCUUUAAGAGGAGGACAGUGUCCAAGCUGAUGGAGAAGAUCCCCAAGAUGCAGGGCAGCUCCACGCUGAGCACGGCGGGACGGAGCCUCAGCUUUAACUCCUUCAGGGACUACAUCCCCGAGUGAGGGACACGGGGACGAGAGCGGCGGCCGAGCCGGGACCGAGGGACAUGUUGUUCUGCUGUGAGGCCAUCUCGGUGGAGGAGCAGCUGCUGGGGCUGGAAGGUUCAGAGGUGGGGAGGGGGGAACCGGGGUCCAACAGCCUUUUAAUGCCCGCAGGCUCCUGGAAAUGGGCUUUGUGUCAGCAGGUAGAUGUUCUUUGGCCGUCUCACCCCUUUGCUCCCUCCUCGUGCUGGUGAAGGUGGCUCGUGGUGACUGCGGUGCUGUUGGGUCAACCCAUGCGGGCUCAGGAGAGUCUCAGUGGGGAUCAGACCCCACACAGACAUGUCUGUAUGGGUUUCCCACCCCCCUCAGAACACUCGCUGGGUCUGUGUGUGCCCCAAAAUGUGCACCCAUGGCACUGGGGGAACCCUGCAGGUCACGCUGGCUCCUGAGCUGUCACCAUCCGCCCUGUCCUGGGGGCAACAGCCGUCACUUCUGCAGCCCAGUGCUGCUGGGGGUCAAACCCCCAUGAUCAGCAGAGGCUGCUCAGACCCUUCCAGCCCGGCCAGCUGUUCCAGGGGUGGUCGCUGCCCAUGUCCUGCCCCUCGGAGCCCCAGGCGCCCCACGCGUGGGUCAGGGUUGGCGGGGACUGUCCCCGCUCUGCCUCUGCCUGGUGCCCUGAGGAGCCGGGCCAGCCCGUUUGUCCACCCGCAGGCACCAGCGUCCAUCUGUCAGAGCCGGGGGCUGCGUUUCUGUCCUGGUUUUACCCUGGGUUUGUGAACUGGAGCUGCUGGUGGAGGAGCAGACCCCUGCAGCCCCCAGAGACCCCCCAGGCCCCCACAUCCCCCCGCAGCCCCCCAAGCCCCCCAUCCCCGCCCGCAGGGCAGCUGCAGGGCCCCCGUUCUCCGUCCGGCUGCUCGCAGGCUGGCACCGAGGGCACGUUUAAAGGCAAACCAGAGAUCCGUUUACAGUGGGGGGUGGAAAAAAAGCCUGUUAAUCCCCAGCUUUUCUAAAAACUGAUUUUUUAACCUUUCAGGCCACUUGGCACGCUCUGCUUUAACAACCCUGUAAAUAACACACUGGCACGGGUGGUGAAGGCAGCAGACGCGGCUGCUCCGUCCCACCUGGCGGCACCGUGCCCGGGGCUUCGCGGGGUUUCUGCCCCGUGUCUCAUGUCCAUGUGGCUCAGGGCAGCUCCUCUCUGAGGGGACGCAACUCCCACAUAUGGCAUUUCUGAUCCCGCUCCUGCGUCCCCAGGAACAGCAUUCCCGGGCAGCUUCCCACGCUUUGCCCUGCGGCUCAGACGCGCGGAUGCAACGGGGCUGAUACCGGGAGGUGCAAAUGACGCUCCUUGCAGGGACCCCCUUGUCUGCUCACUAAGCUCCCCAUCCCCAAAGGGGAAAUCGCUGCGGGCUGAGGAUUUGUCAGUGCAGGAAGCGCGGGCAGGAGCAGGGUUGUGGCGGGCACGUCCCUCCUCUCCCGCUGCACGGUGCUGCGGUGCCCUUGGAGGUGAAGGUGCUGGGAGACCCACGGUGUCUGCAGGGUCCCAGUCUGAUUUUGGGCUUGGAGAAAGCUUGGAGACAAUUAUUUGACGUUUCAGUCUCUCACGGUGUCACACAUCGCCCUGUAGUGACCUGUUGCAUCGUCUGCUGCUGCAUCCUGUGACAAUAAAAGCUGUGUUGGCCACUGCC